AAUAAGAAGAGACCGAGACCGAGCGGUACAGGCCAAAAGAAGAAGAGGAAGUGUGUGUGGGACGUGAACCUGUCAUUACUAUGGUGUGCCCGUGUCUGUGUGCCUGUCAUGACCUUCCACCGAGUGUGUAACAGGUGUCAAGCAACUCUAGUGCUGUGGAGUUAUACGAUCUUUGUAGGAUUGUUUGUAACUGUAGCAGCCAUGCAGCAUCCACAGGAGCCAUCGUUCCCUCCAUAUGCAAACCAAGAGGCAGUAAGGGACCUUGCUGCCAGCCAGAAUAACUUUACACGGGACCUGUACAUGAAACUGGCAGCUGGAGGUUCUGGAAACCUCUUCUUCUCCCCCUUCAGCAUCAUGACUGCUUUAGGGAUGACAUAUGCUGGAGCUGGAGGCAACACUGAACAAGAAAUGCGCUCAGUCAUGCAUUUGGGGGAAGACAAAGAGGCCAGUCAUAGAGCAUUUCAGGAUGUUGUCUCUGACUUGAAGGCUGAAGUGGCUGAAUACGAGCUUCGCACAUCAAACAUGGCCUAUGUCUCAGGCCACUUGGCAGUGCUGAGUGAGUUUGAUAAUAUUCUGAGGGAAAAGUAUCUGAGCUCCUCCAAAACGGUUGAUUUUGGCAAGAGUGAGGAAGUCCGGCAAGAGAUCAAUACAGCGGUUGAAAAGGAGACCAACUCCCGCAUUAAGGAUCUCAUCCCCGCUGGUAUGCUGAAUUCUCUCACAAGGAUGGUGCUUGUGAAUGCCAUCUACUUCAAAGGCUUCUGGGCUAAUCAGUUUAAAAAGGAAGCAACAAGGGACGAAGACUUUUGGACCUCAAGCACUGACAGUGUUAAAGUGCCCAUGAUGCACAUGAAGGAGAAAUUCCGCCUCUUCCAUUUCCGAGACCUUGGAGCCACUGCCCUGGCAAUGGAUUACAAGGGUUCCAGGCUGAGCAUGGUGUUUGUGCUGCCUGAUGAACGUGAUGGCCUGGCAGGAGUUGAAGCCAAGUUGGCCACAACAGAUCUCAGUGAACUUGAUAAAAAAUUGCGCAAAGCUAAAGUUGAGGUCACUAUUCCCAGAUUUAAGCUGGAAGAAACACUUGACUUGAGUGACAAGCUCCAAGAGAUGGGAAUGAAAGAUCUUUUUGAUGAGGAGUCAGCUGACCUUUCUGGAAUAUCAGGCAAGAAAGACCUGUUUGUCUCCAAUGUGGUCCACAAAGCCUUCCUGGAAGUAAAUGAGGAAGGCAGUGAAGCUGCUGCAGCAACAGGUGUUGUGGUACAAACUAGAAUGCAUAUCCGCCCCAUUCCUCCUUUCAUUGCUGACCGUCCGUUUAUGUUCUACAUCCGUGAUCAACACUCUGGUCUGGUACUUUUUGCUGGCAGGCUUCUUAGGCCAUAAUACAAUUAGCUGUCCACAUAACAGUAUUAUACCAGAAGCUCUAUUUGGGCUUCCUUCCUUCCCUGUGACGAUGUGAAAUUGUGGAAAGAUUGACCCUCAGUUGUCAGAGUUUAGUCUUUCAACAUAUAUUUAGUCUUGGAGAUGUUAUAACCUAUUUUGCUUCAUUCAAAUUGUCUUGGGAGGAAAGAAAAAUAUUUAUCUUGAUGGGUUAUCUGUAAAGAAUAGUCUUGUAAUUCAUUUGUGAUUUUUUAUUUGUAUUAUUAAAUAUAACAAGAUUCCAAAAAAGUCUCUGAUCUAAUAUUGUGUUAUGCACAUGCCUGUACAAACUAUAUAUGACAAAGUUUAUGUACAAUAGUGUAUUACAAUCACGCAUAUUAAACAUUCGUGUCAGUAACGAAAAGUAAACUUUUGAAACUGCAGACUAAUGUAAAAUUUAGGAACAUGAUAUAUUCCUUAUUGGGGUGCUGGUCAAUAUAAGAUAUACUUAGAUGCAAAUUUUACCUUUAUGCUGUGAAGUUGGAAAAUAAAGAUUUCCUCAUUAGUAUUGGAUGUACUGGGGAGCCGCUUUGUGCAUACAGUGCCUUUAGUAUAAGUAACACUGGUGGGUUUGAUUCAUGUGGAACAACAGCCAUCCAUAACACCUCAUUAUGAUUAGUUGGUAGCUUAUCACAGCUUUCAAAUGCUGCUCAACUAUUGCAUGAUUGCUUGAUUUGCUCUGAUUAUAUUUGUCCAAUUUACAUGCAGCACUUUACCAUUACUUGAUGUUAAAAUGACUUCCAAAGAAACACUGUAUUAUUAAAAAAUAAACUAUAGCACCUG